UAAGCUUUUCUAGUAAUAAAAUUGUAAAGAUUUUUUUUCAAAUGAAAUCAAAAUACAAUUCAAUUAUUAUGUUUGAAUUGCAUUUCUUUGUUUGAAAUUUUCCAAACUACUUCAGAUUUUCAAACAAUGUAAGACGAGCAAAAUUUUGACAUUUCAAAAGACGAACAAUAAUUUUGACAGUCCAACAAUAAUAAUAUAAGCAAUCUUUAUGAAGUAAAGGAAUAGUUGAAAAAUUUGAUUUUGCUAUAAACUCAUAUUUGAAAGAGAAUAGAUUUGAAUAAUUUAAUGAAUAAAUAAUAAAACUGGUUGAACUCAUUUGAAGGAAAUGAAGAAAAUGUUAUUUUGUAGAUUGUGCUUGGCGAGCGGUAAUGCGAGUUUCAUCUCUUCGUCGCCUGAGAUUGAUAUUGUACUGCAGAAAUUUAACAUUUUGUUCGAGAAGCGCGAUUUAUGCAGUUCCGAAGCUGUAAGCAUCUUAACAGAGCUAUGCGAUUUGUGUUGGGAAAAAAUUGAUGAAUUUAAUCAGUUCUGUGCCCAAGUGGAAAAUAUUCAGGCGAGUUUUAAUCAGAGAUUCUUGCAAGACAAUGGGACCUUUUCAACUUUCGAAGAUCCAAAACAAUUCUUCGUGGAAAUUGAGAAAAUACACAAUGAGUUUGCGACUAAAAAGUUUGAAAAUCAAACUGAAGAUAAGAAAUUUAAUAUAGAGCCAUUUUGUAUGAUAAAUGUGGAUGAAAAUGUAACAACCAAAAAAAACCAAAAAGUUAUCGACUUCGAUGUUAAAGUUCACGAAUCACUUCGUAUAAAACAAGAGCAGGAACCAAUUGAUUCGGAUUGCGAUGCGAGAUUGAUUGAUAUUGAUACACUAAACACGGAGUAUACCGAAUUGAGUGACUUCGAAGAUGAAGUGAGUUUUGUAUACGAAGACGACGAAGAUGACGAUGGUGAUACGAGUGAUACGUCCUAUAGCGAACCGAAAGAAAAGAGGCGAAAGUCCGACGGAAAAACCACAAAGUUGAAAGGGGAAAACCAUACAGGAAAAACAACGAAAGAAACACUUAAGAAGCGCAGCAAAAAAAUAUCGGUGACCACCGCCGUAUCACUCGAUGAAGACAAUAAACGAUUAUUGAGCUAUGUUCAGAUGAAAUGUGACGUUUGUAGUGAUGAUCGUGUCUUUGAUUCAUUUGCUGAAAUUCAAAACCAUUUUCUUGAUAUACAUAAUCAGAAUGGUUACAUUAUGUGCUGCAAUCGGAAAUUUCGCCGAAUCGGGAGAUUGCAACAACACGCAAUGUGGCAUGACAAUCCAGAAGCAUUCAAAUGUAGCACAUGUAGCAAAUGCUUUCAAG